UUCCCACCACACAUUCUACUACUCCCUAGAACACCUAGUACUACUUAAAGAGCUAAUACACCCCCAUGAACCCCCAUAUAAUUCAACCUUGAGCUAAGGAUUCCUCCGAGGAAGUAGGCUGUGCAGGCUCUGAGCGGAUUAUUGCUGGAAUCUCCUGCAAUUGUUGAAGGAUGGCUGACUUGGAUCAAUCAUCUGAGGAUGUCUCUGUAGAUACCAGAGAAGGGAACAGUCAGGAUUCCAAGGUGGAGUUCACAGAGGAUGAGGAGACACUGAUUGCCAGGAUGUAUAAUUUGCUUGGAGAUAGGUGGUCUCUGAUUGCUGGAAGGAUUCCUGGAAGAACAGCUGAAGAGAUUGAGAAGUACUGGACCUCGAGGUACUCAAAUAGUGAACAAUGAUGAGCAUUUACUUGUGUACUACUGCAGGGGCAAGAGCAGUUCUUUCUGUACUUCAGAUGGCAAGCAAUUUUGGAUGGUGUCUUACUUGUAUUUUUCGGAACUAUCAGCUCGCAUUCGUGUCUAGGUGGCUUUGAGUCAUGUUGGAUUUUGCUGUUUCUUUGUUAUUUCAGUUGCAAGAAGGGAAGGAAACAUCCUGUUUCCAUGUCAGUAUAUCGGUCUGGUGUUAUGCAAAUUAGCAAACCAACUGUAAUUUAGAAAUUAAUGGAGUGUUAUGUAUUUUUAUGAUA